GAUUUGAUGAUACGACGGUGCGCCACUUGCAAAGCGUGAUCAGAUUCAUCCUUAUUAUUUCACGCGUUAACAGAUCUCUAUAAAACUCCACAUCACCUAGGUACUCUCAUCUUGUACUAUUUGUUGAGUUAUCAUUCAAUUUAGAAUAUCUUGCAGCCGUUGAGUAACCACAAAGAUCUUGCUGUGUCGGAGAAACCAAAGAAUCGGAGCUCUUUAUUAUACACUUUCUUUCCCUUCCUUGCUUUACAAAGCUGCAAACCCUAGUUCCAGAAAUUUUUUCUUCUGAAAUCCCCUUUCCUUGGGAAGCAAAAUUCAAAGCAUUAGUUUUUUUUGUCUCUGGAUCGAUCAUAAUGGGAUUCCCCUGGUUUUCCAACCGCAAAAAUGCGCCGAUAGAAUCUCCCCGACGGCAAUCAGAGGGCAUUAACAUUUUCUCCUCCAAAUCUCGGCCGCGAAAAUCUUCGUCGCCAAAGAAAAUGUCGGGCCGUAAAGAACGGCAAAAUUCGAGCAGGGAUUGUAUUGUGAGGAUGUCUUGUCCAUUGCCGAGCGGCGAAGAGCUUCAGAAUGUCUUCAAUAAAUUUGACGCCAACGGUGACGGCAAAAUAUCUCCGUCGGAGCUUGGCCAUGUCAUGCGGUCGCUGGGGCACGAUGCAACGGAGGAUGAGGUGCAGUUGAUGAUGGCACAGGCUGACUCGGACGGCGAUGGUUAUGUGGACUUGUCUGAAUUUGUUGCGCUCAAUACACGUGGCGUGGACAGCGCUGCGAGCCUGCGGGAUCUUAAAGAUGCCUUCAACAUGUUCGACAUCGACGGCAAUGGAUCCAUCUCUGCCGAUGAACUCAACAAAGUUUUAAGGAGGCUGGGAGAGACUUCCAGUUUGGAUGAGUGUAAUCACAUGAUUCGAGGCGUCGAUGCUGACGGGGACGGCCAGGUCAGCUUCGACGAAUUCAUUACAAUGAUGUCAAGUCCUGUUGCAGUGCAAGACAGUUAGCUCUGAUCUGCGUUUGUUGACAGACUGAGAGAAUGUCGGUUGUUUGAAAUUCACCCAGAGAAAAUAUCAAAAGCGAAUUGCUUUGUUAAGCCAAGAAUUGUAGAUAUGGCAUUUGAUUCUCCCGCUGUGGUGAUUGUAAAUAUCUAGUGGUUGUAUUAUUCAACGAUUCUUUAUUUUUCUAUGAUUAUAGAAGGUAAUUCUGUAUCACUGAAUACACUGUACAAAAAUGAACUUUCAAUAUGAUAAAGUCUGAAUGUUUUAAUUCUUUCA